UCUCAUGAAUAAAAAAAUAAAUAAAUAAGUUUAAAAAUCCUUAAUCGUUUUCAGCUUAUCCCCCAGUGCGACUGUGUAAAUUUCUCUUGAUUUCUUCGUGCAAAACUGAAAAAAAAAAACCAGUGACCCUUCUUUUUUCUUUCCCAGUGAACAUUUUCUCCCUAAACACAACGUGAGAAAAUCGCUUAUUUCCCUGUAAACCCUGUAAACUAUCGGUUUAGGUUGUUUUGAAGAGAAAGAACUCAAAUAAUGUCGAGAGAAGAUAAAAAACAGAAGGGGGAGAGCAGACAAGAUGCCAAAGGAGCGGAUCUCGAAUCCAACGCGGCGGAAUGCGACGGUGAUGACAUCUGUGAGGUCCACGAUAUUCCAAUUCCGCCGGACGGUGGAUGGGGAUGGGUCAUCGUCAUGUCUUCCUUCCUGUGCAAUCUCAUCGUGGACGGCAUCGCGUACACGUUCGGUGUCUUCCUUCCGAAAUUCGUCGUCUACUUCAACGAAGGCAAAGGAACAGUGGCAUGGGUCGGGUCACUGCUGGCCGGCGUCUACCUCAGCUGCGGGCCCAUCGUCGGCGCCCUCACCAAUAAAUUCGGCUGCAGGACCACCUGUAUUAUGGGCAGCGUAGUGGGCAUGGUCGCCUUCGCUCUGUCCACCCUCUCCGAAUCGGUGGCCAUGUUAAUGGUCACUUACGGCAUCAUUGGCGGUAUUGGAUUCGGACUCAUCUACUUGCCGGCCAUCGUCUCCGUUGGCUACUACUUUGAGAAGAAGCGUGCCCUGGCCACUGGCAUCGCUGUGUGCGGAUCAGGAUUCGGUACCUUCGUCUUCGCUCCCCUAGCUUCCCUUUUGCUCCAACACUACGACUGGAAAGGAGCUAAUCUCAUCCUGGCCGGCAUCAUCUUCAACUGCGCCGUUUUCGGUUCGCUGAUGAGGCCUCUUGAAGCGCCGAAGAAAAAGUGCAAGCCCCUGUUGCAGCGGAUGGCCGAAGAUAAAGCCGCACAGUUGGAGCGUGGCUCUCUCAUGGGCUCUCAAUAUUUCAUGGUCCAGUUGGCCGACGGCUCGUACGAAAAAAGGCUCAAAGUGCCUGUCAACGUCGAUCCUGGAGUGCACUCUAGUUUCGAUCUGGAUGAGCUGGCCGGAGCCCAUUCUGCUGGACGAAUGCCGACCAUCAGUGAAUCAAAAAGCGAUCCAGCCAAUGGCGAUGCUGCCCAACAAGAGAAGAAGGAAGAUAAACAAAUGAAAAACGCGCAGCUCAAGGAUAACUUAGAGGAAGACCCCAAAGAAGGCGACAAACUCUUAGACGAACUCAAAGCUGCGGCCGUUUUAAGAGGAAGCCGCAACAGCGUAUCGAACGGUGAAGCGAGCAAUUUAAAGCGCCGUUCGGGCGCUUGUGGCAGCAAAGAUGAUGUCAGCAGCUUAUCGGCAUCGAAGAAAGAUUUAGCCGCCCGUCCGUUGGCUCGCAAAGACGUCCUCUACACGGGCAGCGUCACCAAUCUACCUGAAUAUCAAAGCCAAAAAUCGUUGGCCUCCUACCGCCAGAGUAUCGUCUCUAUCCCGAAAGCCGUGCAGGCGGGCAAAGGUGGCCAAGGCCAAAAAUCCAGGGGCGGUUGCUGCACUUGCAUACCGGAAGCGACUCGAAAAGAAAUAUCCGGCCUCAUGGAUUUCUCGCUGAUGAAAGAUCCCGUCUUCCUCUUCCUCGGCGUUUCCAACGUGUUCGGCAUGUUGGGAUUCUACGUCCCGUUUGUUUACAUCAUCGACGCGGCCACCACUAAAGAUAUUGAUGAGGAAACGGCCGCCUUCCUUUUGUCAAUUAUUGGCAUCACCAACACGGUAGGCCGUCUCAUUUCCGGGUACAUCUCAGACUUCCCGGCCGUCGAUUCCCUCUUCGUCACCAAUGUUUGCAUCGCAGUCAGCGGUGUGGCCGUCUUCUGCGUUCCUUUCUGUAGCAACUACGUCGGAUUCUGCAUCGCCUCGGGCGUUUUUGGCCUCUUUUCAUCGGCCUUCAUUGCCCUCACUUCCAUUGUCCUCGUCGAUUUGCUGGGCAUCGCACAACUCACCAACGCAUUUGGACUCUUGUGCUUACUGAGAGGUGUGGCCGCUAUUGUUGGACCCCCACUUGCAGGUUCCGUCUUUGAUAUGACGCAGAGCUACGACGUUCCGUUUUGGCUCGCCGGAGUCUUCCUCUUCAUCUCGUCGGCAAUUUCGUUCAUGGUGCCGUGCGUCAGACGUUGGGCCAAGCGCAAAGAAGUCGCCCUUAAGGCUAAAACAGGAGGUGAAAUGAAACAACUGAAAUCCAGUGAAGAUGCAACAAGAGCAGUUCAAACAUAGGCGAUUAUCCCGGUCUAACUAUUUGAAUUAUUAUUUUUUUUUUCUCUUCCUUGUUUUGAUUUUAGGUUAAUCUUACAUCAAAUUAUAUUAGUCAAUUUUAAAACAUGAAUUCGAAGAUGUGUAGAUUUCUUAAAAAAAAAGAAAAAGAAAAAAAAAUGACAAAGAAAGAAAAUUGACGUCUCAUCCUCUGCUGUGAACAGCUCCAUUUACAAAGUUCUUCCUGUUACGAAAGGCGUUGCUUUUGGUUUCAUUUUCAUUCAGUGAGAUAAAAAAAAAAACAAGUUUUCAUAUGAUUCAUCUAAACAUAAAAACAAAAACGAAUUUUAAACAUUUAAAGAAAAGAUAAAUCCCAUUUCUCAACAGAAAUGUCCUCAUCGUGCAAUUUGUGCACGGCAUACAAAAAUCUUGAUAAACAAGAACAGACGCCAAAGUCGUUCAUUUGCACCAGUUGAAACCAGCUCGCCACUUCCUAUAGAACAUCGUUAAUUACAGACGAGACGAGUAAUUGAUUUCUUUCUCUGUUCUUCCUGACCUUCCUCCAUAUCCUGUUUGUCUUCUUCAGCUAUUGUGGGUCAAUAGUGCUUUACGAAAUGUUCGAUAUUUAGGAUCCAUUUUUUGUUUUUUGUUUUGCCCCCACAAUUAACUAUCAUCGUCUAUAUAACGAUCAUCUGUUGCAAUGCAAAUGAUGUUCAAUGUUAUUUCAAUGGUUGGUUUCUCAUCGUUGUCGGUUAGUCGAGGCAAAAAAAGAAAAAAGAAAGAUGGCGGAGCAGCGAAGAGUGGAUAUGUUUGUUCAUGUUUCCUCCUAUAUACAAUGAAGAUGAUUAAUGUUAUUGUUUCACAAAAACAAUAUAUUAAUUAAUUGUCGACCCGUUGCUGAUUGAUGUAAUUCUUGCUCGCCCUCUUACGAAACAUUAGAUUAUGCUCAAUGGAUGAAUGAAUGUCUGAAUAAAGGAAUGAAAGAUGAGAGAAACGAAUACAAUAGAUCAGCAAAAA